UUCGCGCGCCUUUCCGACGUCACACCAAUUUUGAAUUUGGAACGGCCAUCUUAGCCGCGCUGGCUGGAGCCCGGUUGCUCUUUUAGUGACAGUGACAGUUGACCAUAGACUUUUUGUUUUUAAAGUGAUGGGUAUUAGCGUUGUGGCACAUUGAGGAUUGACCGCAGAUGCGAUGCAGCCGUUCCAGACGAGCGGCCGCUCGGACGGUCCGCGCGAGUCCUCGCCGGACCGCGCCAAGUCCCCCGACACCCCCGCACCCCCCGUCCUCAACUUCUCCAUCGCCCGGCUCAUGGAGCCCGACAGAAAGAAGUCCACAUCACCUGAAGCACCGCCGCCAUUUUUGUCUUACGGAGCGCAACUCCUCGACUCGGCGUUUAAGCAAUACAUUCCCGCAGCAAGGAGACAGCUGUCUCAUUACCCGCUUCUCUAUUAUGGUCCAGAUCUAAUAUCUUUAACUUACGCCCAUCAGUUACAUCUACCUAGACCCCCAGCCCCGACAUCGCCGGUCCGACCGCAGAGCCCUAGGGCUCCGGCGGCAGAUCAUGCUGUAUCGUCCACGACAGGUCCAACUCCAUCACCGGCGAAAAACAAGUCGUUCGCGUGCGGAGACUGCGGAAAAGUUUUCAACGCACAUUACAACCUGACCAGGCAUAUGCCCGUCCAUACUGGAGCCAGACCAUUCGUCUGCAAAAUCUGCGGGAAAGGUUUUCGACAAGCGUCAACUCUGUGCAGGCAUAAGAUCAUACACACGUCAGAGAAGCCACACAAGUGCUUGACGUGUGGAAAAGCCUUCAAUCGGUCGUCCACCUUGAACACCCACGCAAGGAUCCACGCUGGAUACAAACCCUUCGUAUGCGAAUUUUGCGGCAAAGGAUUCCACCAAAAAGGCAACUACAAGAACCACAGACUGACCCACAGCGGGGAGAAAGCGUACAAAUGUAACAUCUGCAAUAAGGCUUUUCAUCAGGUCUAUAACCUAACUUUUCACAUGCAUACUCAUAAUGAAAGGAAACCCUUUACUUGCAGCAUAUGCGCGAAAGGAUUUUGCAGAAAUUUCGACUUGAAGAAGCACACGAGGAAGUUGCAUUUAGGAGCUGGUGGAUCUAACAAUGGAGACUCGUCGUUGGACACUCAGGACGAGUCAACUCAAGAGGCUGCUCCGAGCCCAGCGGAAGAAGUCAGCAGAGCAGCUUUUCGUCCAUUUUUAGGGUCCACUUACCCCCGACUGCUGGACGCCUCGCGUAUGACGGCUCCCAACACUUUCUUUUCCAAGUUGUUGUGACCAGGGGCUCCGUAUUUUAAUAGUUUCGGGGACUCCAACGAGUGAAUUGAGAAGGAUUUGAUUGUACAGUUAGCUAAUCAUGUAGUAGCAUAUAUGAUUUUAAGAAGAAGCCGAAAACUUGUCGUCAGUCUGUAAUUGGCUUGGAAAGUUUGACGAACGUGUGGUCUGAGGGCCAAUUUCAAAUGAAGACAGUGUUAUACGACAAUUUGUUGUUUUCAUAAAUUUUGUUAUGCAAAAUCUUAGACUUUGGGGUAAAAACUUAUCUGUAUGUAUAGUUUUUGAGAUACAGGUGGUCCCUCAGACGACACUAUGACGACUGAGGGCAUUUCGUAAAACAUCGUAACUCGCUUAUUUGGCUUUCACUAAAUGUAAUUCCAACUGUUAUAAUUCUUUUGAAAUAUUCACUAAAUCCCAAACAUAAUUUCAUAGAAUUCCAAGAAGUGGGUCCUCAGACUACACGCUACUACAUUUUUAUUUCAUUCCAAACUUCAUUUAUUCAUUCCACGACGACCGAAAUUCCUGUUUCCGAUAUUCUCGACUAAUUAAUAAUUGACGUUAAAACGAUUUUCCUGGAUUAAAUAAUGUAUACUUUCGGAAAUAAGCGUUAUCAGGAAUAAUUGGAAAAGAAUGCAGUUUAUUGUGAUAACCUCACUAGUUCAUUAAACGAGUUAACUAGUCAAAUGUUGUGUGAUUGUGGAUGGUCCGAGCAUCAAUCAAUCAGUCGAAUCAUUUAUAGUGGUUGUAUUAAUUAGAUCUGGGUUUUGAUAGGCAUAAUUGUGUCUAUUCUCCAUCUAGUCUUAUGAGAACUACAAUUGAAAACUCAUUGAGUGAGGACAGGAUUUUGAUAUUAUAUUUGAUAACGUUUGCUGAAUCGAUAUCCCGAAAAGGAAUUUCACUGAAGCGUUGAGAGUGAUAGGAUUGGUCAGAAACGAAAUUCAGAAUAUUUAUAUAGUAGAAUUUGUAACAUAUUAAAAUGGUUGUAAAUAUUUUAAGUCAGUAUGAUGUAUAUAAAUGUGAUGUAUAUUAGAUAAUUAUUAAUGUAAAUAUGCUCAGAAAAUAUCCCAGUGUGACAACUAAACCUCGGCACGAAAUCGUAAAUGUGGUACUUUCCCCCAAUCGCGCUUAUACGUGAGUCAUGCCCCAUUGCUCCGUAGUCCUAUGCCACAUUGACGUCCGUUAAAGGACCAACGCAAAACAACGUGGACAUUGUUUGAAGUCACGACGUACGUCAACGCACGUCAGUGCGUCAAAACCUAUAGAAAACAAUAGAACACAAGAGAGCCACAACGUGCUGUGCGCUGUCGCAACGGAGCGCAACGGAGCAAUGGGGAAUGGCUCUUACCGUGCUGACAUGUUUCUAACUUUUAGUUUUGAUAACGGCAACGUUCGUUUAUGGUUCAAUUUCGAUCCCAGAAUCUGUUGAACCAUUUUCGCCAUUCAGAAACGGUAAAAAAUUGCGGAUCGAUCUUAGUUCAAUUGCUAUCCAGCUGAAAUUAUUUGUGCGAUCGAAGGGCUUGUGUAACUCUGCACAUCAGCUACUUCAGGCGACAGCUACUUCAGGCGAUUACUCCUCGCAGAAUAGCGCCAAGCUAUACUACUUUCUUUCUACUGAAAUUCUUUAUGUAGUGUGGCAUAUUUUUAUAAUUUUAUUAUUAUUAAUAUGUGAGGUGACGCAAGUAUGCGGGAAGUAAUCGCCUUAAUAUUGGCGCUAUUAGCGUGAUAUGAAGAUCCAUUCAAGGCAAUUUGAUAUGCAGUAGACGGUAGGUACAUUUCCGUUAAGACAUAUAAACCUUUCAAUUUAACUGACACGGUUUUCGAUCGAAUAAUUGACUUAUAUUUGGGAAUUUGUUAAUAAGAUUAUUAAUUAGAUACUUUAUUUACAUUACGUGUUAGCGGCCGUAGUAUUCAAACUGCAAUAUGAGAUGUAAUUAAA